AUGUUCGUUCAAGGAGCGCUUCAAGCGCUCACAGAGCCCUUGAACCAGAUCAGCAUUGCUACUGUCUUGUUGGUGCUUCUUCUCGUCACCUACUUCACUCUCUCGUUCACAGAACUCGAGACCGUCGGCAAGCUGUUCAAUGCCGCCGCUACGUCCGCAAAGUUCGCAUACUCCUGCUUCUUGAAGCCUCACACUGGCGACAACACUGGCAACCAACAAGAUGCUCUCGAAAGCUUCUACAAGACUCAAGCCGGUAUAUACGAUGUCACACGUUCGAGGCUCCUCCGUGGAAGAGAAGACAUGCUGGCAAUGGCUGCCGCUCAACUCCGCCAUCAACUUGAGCAGGGCCAAUAUCUCCGCAAGCCAAUCUGGGUCGUAAGUUUUGUUUGUGAUGCUUUCGAGGACUGUGCUGAUUCUCUUUCUGCUUGA